AUGGAGUUGAUUCAAGGUUUUAUGCAGCAGCCGAAAGUGCAAACUGCUGAAGAAACUAUCCCUACAUUAUGUGAUAGAGUUGAAAAUUCAACGUUGAUAGGAGAUAGAAGAUCUGCUGUUUUAGGUUUAAAAGCGUUCAGUAGAGAAUACAGAGAAUCUGUUGUUGCAUCGGGUUUAAAACCAUUAUUGAAUACAUUAAAAAGAGAUCACAUCGACGAUGAUAUGGUCAGAGCUAUCUUAGAGACAUUAUUGAUUUUAUUUAUUAGAGGUGAUGGCGAUCAGGAUUUGACAAGAGAUUGGAUUUCAAGACAAUCAAGAUUACAAAAUGGUAAAUAUCCUUCACCAUUAGUGAUGAAACAAGAAGAUGAAUCAGUGGAUCAAUUUUCAUUAUGGAUAGCCGAUGCAUUGAUUCAAUCGAAUGAACUUAUCCAUCUCAUUAUUGAAUUCUUAGAGACAGAAAACUUUCAUAUUCGAUUAUAUGCUAUUCAAAUUCUUGAAGCAAUUCUUUCAACAAGACCGGAUAGAGCAAGAAGCGCAAUUACAUCUUUACCAACAAGUAUAUCUACUAUAGUGAAUUUAUUAGAUGAUAUUCAUGAGCCUGUAAGGGAUGAAUCUAUCCUAUUGUUGAUGACAAUUGUUAAAGAUUCACCUCAUGUUCAAAAACUUGUUGCGUUUGAAAAUAUUUUUGAAAGGUUAUUUGCCAUUAUUGAAGAAGAAGGUAGUUUAAGAGGUUCCCUUGUAGUUAAUGAUUGCUUAUCAUUAAUUAACAAUAUCUUAAGUUAUAAUACAUCAAAUCAAACAUUAUUUUUGGAGACAGGAAAUUUACCCAAAUUAGCUCAUAUACUAAAUCAACCUUUAAUUAAGGAUGAAACCGGUACAGAAGAUUUUUUUUGGAAUGAUCAAAGAAUUGUAAAUAUGAACACAUGUUUAGAUAUAGUCUCAUUAACUGUAGAAGAAGGUAAUUCUGUGACAAAGAAACAUCAAGAUACUUUAUUAAAUUCAAAUAUAUUAAUGAUUGUGUUACGUCUUGCAUUUUAUCAUAACAUCCCUAAAAAAGUUCGACCAAUCGCAUUGUUUACCGCAGCUGAUAUGAUAAGAAAUAAUGAACUUUGUCAGGUAGAAUUUGGAAAAAUUGAUGUUCCUUAUUUUGAUCCAUCUCUUAAUAGUGCUAUUGUGACAGAAGAUAUUCAAUCAAUCCAAGUUAUUAAUGUUCUUGUAAAUUGGAUUUUAUAUGCUAAUUCUAUUUACACAUUUGAUAUCAGAAUGGCGUCGUUAGAACUUUUGAAAUCAUAUUUCAGUAAAAAUUAUUUGUUACAAAAACAAUUUGUGGAACAACAGAUUGCAAGCUAUAAUGCUACAUUUGAUGAAAGUUCUCAAGAUGAUGUUAAAAAUGAAACUGAACAAAACGUCGAUACAACUGAUGAAAAUGUUAACGAAGAAAAUGAAAAUAAUAACGAAGACCCAGAAGGUGAUAAAAUCAACUAUAAUAUAUUAGAAGUUAUUUUAAAUUUUGAUAUGGACCUGGGCUUAAAUCCUUAUAAAUUGUAUUUUUCUACAGAUAUCUUGACAUUUUUGUUUAAGGACACUGAAGAAGAUACAGGAAAGGAUGAUGAGAAAGAUGCAAUUGCAGACAUUUUACGUACAAUGAAGGUGGGAUCUCAUAUUGAUGAUGAAGAACCAUUAUCUGUAAUUGAAACAAUUAGUGAAUUACUGUUAACUUCACUAACUGGUGGUCAUAUUAGAAUUCCAAUAUCCUAUAUCACAUUUUUGAUCACAUGGUUUUAUGGAAACUUUGCUGCAGUUGAUGAUUUUUUGUCAACUAGUACUACAGUUCAUUCUCUACUAGCCUUUUGUUACCAAAUUAAUGAGGAAGAUAUUACGAUAAAAUGUUUAGUAAGUAUGUUAUUAGGUGUCGCAUAUGAAUUUAGUUCAAAGAACUCCCCAAUUUCAAGAGAAGAUUAUUAUGAAUUUUUAACAAAAAGACUAGGUCAAGAUAAUUAUCAAUCAAGAAUAAGACAAUUUAAAGAGAAUUCCUUAUUUUCUAAAAAUAAAGUUAAAUUUGAUAUAUUUAAUCCUCCUUUAGAUGAUACUGGCUUACCAAAAUUAUAUUUUACACCAUAUUUUGUGAACCUCUUUAAUGAUAAUUAUUACAGAAUUAGAACAGCACUAUCUCAUAGUCCUAAAGAAGAAUCAUAUCAAUCAAUCACAUUUGAAUCAUUUGAAGAAUUACAAGGAAAAUGUAGCGAUCUUAAAGAAGAAUUAACCAAAGCUAACAAAGAGAGUGAGGAAGCAAUAACAGAUCUCAAGGACAAGUUAGAUGUAUUAAAUGAAACACAUUCCGAAACAUCGAGUGAGUAUGGUAAGUUGAAAAGUGAUUAUGCAAAUGUUACGGAGAAAUUCGCAAGUAUUGAAUCCCAAUUAAAAGAAACCACAAAACAGUUUGAGCAAUUGACACAAGAGAAGAAUAAAUUAGAAAAAAUGAAAACUGAGAAUAAUAGUAAAAUUGACGCUAAUAAAACUACGAUAACUGAUCUCAAAGGAACUAUAGAAAAAUUGAAUGAACAAAUGAAAGUUGUCACUGCAGAAAAAGUGAAAGCUGAAGAAGGUAUAAAUAAAAUGAGUAAGGAAUUAUUCCAAUUGACAAAAGAAAAGAAGACGCUGGAAGAUCAGUUAAAACAAGAAGAAAAGAGCCUUACCAAAGUUAAAGGUGACCUUACAAAGCAGCAGACUAAGUUAGCGAAAACAAUAUCCGAGAAGGAGUCUACAAUAUCAUCCCUGAACAGCAGAGUAGAUAAUCUACAGAACUCAUUAAAGAAACUGGAGGCCGAAAAAUCAACCAUCCAAAAUGAAUUAGAAGAAUGGAAAGCAAAGUUUAAUAGCCACGACAUAUUAGUAGGCAAGUUAACUGACAAAUUAAAAUCACUUGCCUCAAAUUUUAAAGAAAUUCACGCUGAAAGAGAUUCAUUGCAAACAAAAAUUGCAGAUAUUGAAUCAGAGUAUACCAUAAAAUUAACCGCUGUACAAGAUUCCCUGGAUAAUAAAGAAAAGGAGAACCAAGCAAUUAUUGACGAAAGAGAUAUUCUUGUACAACAAUUGUCUGAAUUGGAAAAUGAACAAGAAGAGGAUAAGCAAACACAUAAAGAUGAGCUUGAGAAGUUAUCUAAUGAAAAGGAUGCCUUGACCACCAAAAUGGGAAAAUUGGAGUCCUCUGUUGAAGAUCUGAAAAGAAAAUUAGAGACCGCUAGUCACACAAGUAACGAAUUACAGAAAGAAAAGUUGCAUCUAUCAGCUCAAUUGAAAGAAAAUGACUUCCUGAAAGAAAAAAUUUCGAUAGAUCUUGAACAAAAAAAUACCGAAAUUGAAGCGUUACAUGAAAGUAUUUCGAAACAGGACUCUGAGAACACCACCUUACAAAACCUUAAUGAUGACUUAAGCAAGGAAUUUGACCUUGUAAAAGAACAAAUUGAGGAGAAGGAUCUUGAGAUUAAAGGGCACGUAGAAAAACUUGAGAGUCUUAAAAGUUCACUCUCUAGUAAUGAAGCACAGUUAAAAUCGAAAGAACUGGAUUUAAGCAACAUGAAAACUUCUUUGGAAUCUGAAAUUACGAAACAUAAAACAACAAUAAAAGGAUUAGAGGAGUCAGUAAAGAAUAUGUCAACAUCUCAUGAAUUACAUAAGAAAACUAUAGAAAAUGAGAAACAGGAAUUGCAAUCUAAAUUGGAUACUUUCUCCGGUGAGAAAGAUGAAUUAGAAACUUCUCGGAAGGAAUUACUUGCAAACAUAUCAGACUUACAAAAGGAACUAUCAAAUAUUCAAUCGCAAUAUGAUUCUGAAAAGGAACAAACUCAACAGCAAUUGAAAGAAAUCCAAAACAAAUUAGAACUUUCACAGAAACACCUAAAUGAUGCAAAUGAAAGUGCUUCACAGGAAAAAGCAAAGAGCAAGAAGGAGGCUACAGGAAUACUCCAAGAAUUGGAAGAGUCAAAAUCAAAAAUAGAUAAAUUGGAAUCUGAAAUAUUAACUCUGAAACAAGGCUUAACUAAAAAUAUCAACGAGUUAAAACAAAAAUUGCUACAAAGUGAGGCUCUCGUCGAAGAACUAAAGACAAAUUUAGAAUCUCAAAAAAAUGACUAUUUGAAGCAAUUAGAGGAGGCUUCUCAAAUUCUUUCUGCUGUUAAAGAUGAUAAUAAAAAUCUAACCGCUGGUAUUUCUGCAGAAAGAGAAAAGGCUAUUCAACAAGCUAAAACAUCAGAAAGUACAUUAAAUAAUUGUAAACUGGAAAUGCAAAAAUCUAUAGAUCAAUUGACAACGGAAAACGAUUCGUUAGUGACAGAAUUACAGAGCUCUCAAGAAGAAUUUGCAAGAUCACAAAAAUCCAUUGAUGAAAUUCGCAAUACUAAUAAAAAAGUGCAGGAUGAUAAUUCGUCAAAAUUAGCGGCUAGUCAAAAAGAAAUCAACGAUUUGAAAACCGAGGUGAGCAAUCAAAUUAAGAAGGCAGUCAGCGACCAAACCAAAUUCAAUACCAAUUUAGGUGAGUUACAAAAGAAAUUAUCGAUUACUGAAGGAGUAGUAGAGAAGAAAAAUUUGGAGAUAUCUAAGUUAACAACCAAGCUGAAUGAGUCAGAAUCAGUCAACCAGGAUUCUGUAGAAGAGAAUAAUGAAUUAACUCGUAAAAUUGAGGAGGCUAACAGUCUUGUAAAAGACCAAAAAUUACAACUAGAAUCGUUGAAUACAAAAAUCAACUCUCUAACUGAAAAUGGUGAAAAAUACAAGGCAGAAAUUCAAAAAUUGAAGGACGAUUCUUCGAAGAACUCGUCAGAGCAAGCUAAGGAACUUGAGAAAUUAAGUCAAGAAUUGCGUUUAAAGACUGAAGAAUUUGACAAGGAGAGAAAACUUUUAAAUGAAGGUUCAUCCACUAUUACCCAAGAAUAUUCUGUGAAAGUAACAGAAUUAGAAAAUGAAUUGUCGAAACUUUCUAAUGAUGCUACAGAGAGAAAAAAGGUCACAGCCCAAUUGGAAUCGGAGCUUGAAAUGGCUAUGAAGGAACAUGAGUCCAAAAUCAAUAAAAUUAAUUUGAACUUAAAUAAAUCCAACCUCUCCCUUGAGGAGAAAUGUGCUAUGAUCAAAGAGAUGGACAUUCAAAUAGAACGUUUGAAAGAUGAUAAUCAAAAGAGUGCAAAAAAAUUUCAGGAUAAUCUAAGAGAGACCAAGAACGAAAUUUCGACUAGGGAUGCCACUAUUGAUGAGCUAAAAACAUCCAAUUUGGAACUCACCCAAGCAUCCUCUGAAGCAACUAAAAGCAAGAUAGAAGAGGUUCAAUAUUUAGAAAACAAAUUACAAGAUAAGGAGUCUGAAAUUCUUGAAAUAAAAAAAGAGAACGAGAAACGUAUUGCAGAAUCAGAGGAUAGCAUUCAUGCCUUGACUGAGAAGUUAUCGGAUACUCAAUCAAAUUUAGUCAAGGCAACGAACUCGUUAAGUCAGGUAGAAAAGGGUGCUAGCGAAGAAUCUAACAUUUUAUCAAAAAAACUGGAGACAGCUGAAAAACACGUUGAGGAUACUGAGGGAAAACUAAAAAAAGCAGAAGACGAAUUUAGGACUUUCAAAGCUUCCACCAAGAAGGAAUCUGAAAAGAGUGUGAACAAGUUUUCGGAGUUGAAUAACAAGAUCAAACAAUUAAAUAAAGACCUUUCGGAUAAAUUAGAAACUGUAAAUACAUUGGAAUUGCAAAAAGAGAAUUCAGAAAAGAAACAUGAAGAUGAAAUUUUUACCUUAAAUAAUAAAUUAUUAAACUUGGAAAAUGAGUUGAAGGAUAAGAUAGCCGAAAAUGACAAUACCGCGGCUGAUAAUACGAGACAGAUCGAGGAUCUUGUGGCUUCCAAAAAAGAGUUAGAAGCCCUUAGCCAAGAACAAAACGCAAAGAUUGAAACCUUAAAUAAGGAGAUUCAAAAGGGAACUGAGAUGGCUAAAAAUAAUGUUGAAAAAGAUAAAAAUAUAUCUACUCUAAAAAAGGAACUAUCUGAUAGAGGCACUAUGUUGGCUGAGCAAAAAGCUGAAAAAGAAAAGUUAUCUAUUCAAAUAGAAACCCUCCAAAAGAACGACAAAGAGUUAAAAAAUAUACAAGAACAGUUAGAGUUAUCUUCCAAAGAUGUUGCUAAAUUGAAGGACGAAAACACCAAACUAAAAGGCAUUGAAACUUUGUCAACUGAACUUAAAUCAAAAGUGACAAAUCUCGAAACUGAAAAUUCUACUUUAAUGAAGUAUAAGAAUGACGUCGAAGAGAUUCAAAAAGAUUUUUCUCAAUUGAAGAAGAAAUCCGAAGUAUCUGAAAAGGAAUUAAAGGUUUCCAAGGAAAAAAUGGAUAAGCUUGCUGGUCAAUUAAAGGAAUCCGAAACAUUGCAGGAAGAAAAUAAGACGCUUCAAGAGACCGUUAAGAAGAUGGAAAGCGAGCAAUUGGAUUUAUUAAAGUUCAAAGAAGAUUCGGUAACUCUGAAUAAAAGAGUAUCAGAUCUUGAAGCAGAAAAUAAGGAUUUACUUGAAGUGAAAGCUAAGUUAGAUACCAGCGAUAAGAACAUAUUGAAAUUGGAGUCUAAAAAUAAGGAGUUCACGUCACAAAUUUCUGACUUGACAAACAAUACCAAAACAAUGAAAAUUAAGCUUGAUGAGCAAGCAGCCGAGAUUAGGAAAUACGAAAAUACACUGAACGAUAGUAAAUAUUCUCAAAAGACAGUUAUUGAAGAACUUCAAGAAACAGUCAGGAUGUUAGAGGCCGAGAAUAAAACUCUAAAGGAAAAAGAAAAUGACAAGAGUGAAAUGGAUGAACUAAUGCUUCUUGUUACAGAGCUAGAUGAGAAAAAUACGAAAUACAAAGAGAGAUUAGAAGCGCUUGGUGAAGAGAUUUCAUCUGAUGAAGAUGACGAUAGUGACGACGAGUAG